CGUGCGCGCAGGCGGGGGCGCAGAGCGAGCGCCGCGGAGCCGCCGAGAGGUCGCGGGUGUCCCCCCGUCCCCGCCGGGAUGAGCCACCGCCACAGCCACCGCCGCGGCCCCCGGGCCGACAUGGUGCCCGAGAUCGCCGCCGCCGUGGGCUUCGUGUCCGGCCUGCUGCGGACGCGGGGCUGCGUCAGCGAGCAGCAGCUACAGGUCUUCAGCGGGGCGCUGCGGGAGGCGCUCACAGAGCACUACAAACACCACUGGUUCCCCGAAAAACCCUUCAAAGGCUCCGGCUACCGCUGCAUCCGCAUCAACCACAGGAUGGACCCCAUCAUCAGCAAGGCAGCGAGGCAGAUCGGACUGAGCCUCCCCCAGCUCUACCAGCUCCUGCCCAGCGAGCUGACGCUCUGGGUGGAUCCCUACGAGGUCUCCUAUCGCAUCGGAGAGGACGGAUCCAUCUGCGUUUUGUACGAGGCCACCAAACCCCCCAGCUCCUACGGAGGGAUGCUCACCUGCAAGAACCAGAUGAUGCUGGGCCGUGCCAGCCCUUCCAAAAAUUACAUCAUGACUGUCUCCAGCUAAAAAAACAAAAAAAAAACCAAACAAAACCCCAAAAAAACACGACAAAACAAAAAAAAAAAAAAUCUCCUCCUUGUCCUUACACUGCCAAGACACAGGCUACUGUAAUACCUCAAGCUGAGGAUCUAUUUUUAAGAUGAAGAGCUAUUUAUAUUUUUUAAAAAAAACCCUCCAGAAAAUCCAAAAUUAAAAUAUCGGGUGUCGCUCUGAGCCGAGGCGGCGCCCCAGGUGCCUUUUCUAAAGCUGUUGCAAGCUUGUGAGUUUUCUUUUUUUUUUAAUAAUAAUUAUUAUUAUUAUUAUUGUGAAGCUGAGAUCUACCUAAUGAAGUGUUGGAUGGCAGUUUUGGGGAUGGCUUUGCUCACCUUGGAGCAUCUCGGAGUGGGGGAUGAGGGGGUGAAGCCAGGCUGGGAAGUGGCUGAGAUGUCACCUCGUCCCCACCCUGCUUUCCAGGGCUGUUCCUGCAUCUCCAGUGGUGCUGGAGCUGCUGGCCUGACCUCUCUGUGCUGGGAUUUGGUGUCACCUCGGGGCUGGCUGAGCUUGGGGACACCAGGGUGCCCCUCCUGGGUGUGCUCUGCCCCUCUCCCACCCCCUGGAUGGGCUCACUGGGGUGUGGAGCUCGGCAGAGAUGCCCUGGUGGUGUCCCCAGGGUGGCUCGUGGUGGCACUGAGGGGACAUUGCUGCUCCGAGGGGCUCAGCCCUGGUGACCUCUCCGUGUCCCCAGGGCUGCCUCGUGUCCCCUGUCCCUUGUCCUGCCGAGCUCGGUGUCUGACACCCCCUUUUUGCUGCCUUUUCUCCUCAAACCUGGAGUUUUUGGGGGGCUCUCCCCGCUCUCUGUGGGAUGUUUUGGGGUCCUGAUGUUGCUUUUUGAAGCCCCAGCACUUCCCCUGCCCCCUUGGGAAAGGGAUUUGGGUCCCAUCUCUUUGGGACAGAGCUUUUGGUGCAGUUUAAUUCCUGCUCCUGUGCUCUGCCCCUUUCCUGUGUGCUCCCAGCAUUCAGAAAGGCUCUGCCCAGCUGUUUUUUUGGGGAUUUGGCCUUUAAACCCCGAAUUUAGAGGGGCUAAAGGCCCUGAACUCCACCAGCCUGCUGGGAAGGAGCCUUUCCUGGGAUAUCCCACAUCCACUGCCUCUUUCCCACCCCCUGCUGCUCCCCAGGGAUCCUGGGGGAGGAUUGGGGCGUGGAUGUGCUCGGUUGUAGCAAAACUUCCUGGAUUUUCCUCUCAGCUGAAACUUCCCCUUUUCCUGACGUGGCAAAGGCAGAGUUGUUCAAGUUCUCAGACAUUUGUGCAAUAUAUUUCCAAAUCCUGGGUGCUGUGGGAGAGGAAGGAAGCUCCCAGCUUUAAUACAUUAAAUAAUCCAGCCCAGCAACCCAGCCUUGACUUGGAAAAUUCAGAUUUUUUUAUUUUUUUUUUGCAAGCUCCAUCAAGUCCAGAACUGGAAAAUCAGCCUCGAUCCUCAAAUCCUUUAUUCUUUUUUAAGUGUCAGGUCGCUGUUUGUGCCUGAGGAGAUCAGAGCAGAGUCUGGGCUUGCAUCACUUCCCUUUUCACUCGAAUUUCUCACGUCAGCAAAGCGGAACUGAAGCACUGGGGGGGCUUUUCUUGUGCAAUAGGUGACCUCACCCACAGGGGAGUGCCUGGCAACGACCAAAAAAAAGCAAAUUUCCUUUUCCAGGAAAAGUCAUCUCUGCUUUUUUUGUUGGGAUUCCUCACUUGAAGCUGCCUGAUGUGGAGAGCCCACCCUGGGAGCUGCCCCAGGAGGAGCAGAAUUCGGGCAGGAUCAAAGCAGCCUCCAAGUUUUAUUCUUUUAUUCCCUCCUUCUCCCCAGAGGAAUUUUCCAGGAGUUUCCCACCAAAGGAACACCCCAGAACCAAAACAGCCUCGCUCUCCUCACCCCGGGGGUGGAGGAGCCUCGUCUCCAAGGUGUCUUUUUUAUUUUGUUUUGUUUUUUAAAGCCUCAAAACCAACCAAAUUUGGGUAGAAUCCACUUCUCUCUCGUAGCUGGUGACACAAAAGCUGUGAAUUCCCGUGCUCUUGCUGCCUUUUGCCUCCAAGCCUGAUGUGAUGUGGAUUUUGAGACAGUGUCUUUGAGGGGGUUUCUGUCAUUAUUAAUA